AUGUCAAAAUCACCACCAGAUCAGCCGCCAUCAGCAUCUGGCAGCACAAGCGGCGACGACGCAUUGCCGCCGAAGACCCAAAGUGGACAUGAAAGCCAGUCACCGCAGGGGGGCAAGCGGCUGGCCCAUCCGCUUCUCUACGAUGCGACGCCGCCCACCGUGUUGGUUGAUUUCGAUGGCCCCGACGAUCCGUACCAUCCACUGAAUUGGCCAUUCCGGAAGAAGGUCGUCACAACGUUUUUGUAUGGACUAACGACCUGCUGGAUUACGUUCGCGUCAGCGGUCUAUUCAGCAGGGCUUUGGCAAAUCGCCACGGACUUUAACGUCUCCUCGGAGGUGGCAGCGUCCGGUGUUAGUUUGAUGGUGUUUGGGUUUGGAUUAGGUCCUUUGGUCUGGGCGCCCCUGAGCGAGGUUUACGGACGGAAAUGGGUAGUCAUAGUGCCAUAUUUCAUUGCCGCCAUCUUCUCCUUCGGCACAGCCGCAGCGAAAGAUAUCCAAACCAUUCUGAUCACGCGCCUUUUCGCCGGUCUCUUCGGGAGUGCUCCGGUCACCAAUACUGGGGGCGUCCUGGCCGAUAUUUGGCCUCCUCAACAACGUGGCAUUGCCGUUGUUGGCUACGCCAUCACCCUCGUAGGCGGACCAACACUCGCCCCGAUUAUCGGAAGCGCCCUGGCGUCGAGCUAUCUGCGCUGGCGCUGGACCGAGUACCUGACGGGGAUUGUAAUGAUGGCGCAAGUCGUGUUGGAUGUCCUCCUCCUGGAUGAAAGCUACGCGCCUGUCCUCUUGUCGCACAAAGCCCGUCGAUUGCGAGUAGAAGGUAAAAACUGGGCAUUACACUCUAAGCAUGAGGAGUGGGAUGUGUCGCCUGCGGAGCUGUCGCAGAAAUAUCUCAUCCGUCCAUUCCAGAUGCUCGGAACGCCUAUCUGUCUGCUCAUGAGUAUCUACGCGUCUUUUGUGUAUGGGAUCCUCUACGCCAAUCUGGAAAGCUUUUCAAUCGAAUACCAUGAUAUUCGUGGCUGGGGUCCGGUCGUCUCCAGCUUACCCUUCAUCGCCCUGCUCGUGGGUAUCUUCUUCGCAGCAGGAGUCAACAUCCUCAACAACAGAUACUACUUCAAUCAAUUCCGAGCCAACAACAACCGGGCUGUCCCGGAAGCCCGACUCCCACCGAUGAUGCUUGGCGGCAUCGCCUUCGCGGCCGGUCUCUUCGUCUUCGGAUGGACAUCCUCUCCGGGAAUGGAGUAA